AUGGCAUCUCAUGCCGCAAUGCUCCUGAAUCCAAAGGGCUCUAAAAGACAAGCUCAAGGCAACGGUAAUCCUUCCUUUUCUUCUUCCCCAGCGAGUGAUUCAACCCCCAUGGAUGCUGUCGCUAUGCCUUGCCAGUUACCCUCGGACCAAUCUAGGCCUAUGGCUUGUUCUUCUGCAAUUGCUUCCCCUGAUUCCCUUGGUGCUUCUCCUCAUGUCUCCACACUUCUUUGUGUGAACACAACGGAUACUUCAGCCAUGCCUAGAGACCUUGACUCACCUGGAGCUUCUGUCCAUCUGGGCACCCAGAUGGAUACCCAGUCCAUGUCUACGGACAUGAUACAUCCAACAGAACAUUGUGUCCCUUCUGCCCCUCAGGUGGAUACUUCGGUUAUGCAUAGCAAGUCUCUUGGCCCUGCCGACUCGUUUCCCCCUUGUGCUCCCAAUUCACUUGGUCCCUCUUCGAUUAUUUCUUCUGGAAAUAUAUUUUUACCUGUUACUUCUCCCCUGAUAGACCCCAUGCUUCUCGGCCCCAUGCAUUCCCAAGGCUCACUUUUGGAAGGUCCAGGAAAACAGCGGGGAAAUGGUUCAUCUCCUGCCUCUCCCAUGGCUCCUGCAGGCACUGCAGCUGCUACACGAUUUCAUCAACCCGCUAUUCGCGCCUCCCCAAGUGUGGCAUCGGGAGCUUCGACCCCAGCUAUGAAGUCAGAACCCGGUCUGACAGUGCAGUUCAGCUCCACCCACGACGAAGACAACGAAAGCGACGCGAAAAGAAGUCACCGCGAGAUGAGUGAUGACGAAGGGACCAUCUAUCGCCCUAAUUUGAUCGAAAAUGUCUAUGGCGUUGAAAAACGGAAGAAUCAGCCGACGAAGAAAAUGAAGACUGAGCACGACGUGGAAGAAAAGCCGAACAUGACGACAGCACCGGUCUCAAUCUCUGGAAAUAGCGGGCUUGGGAAGUGGAUGAAAGAGGAGGACGUGAAAUCAACUCCAAUUUCCACUACACCCGAGGUAGUGGAUUUGACAGCUGACCUUAUGAACACGCCCAAGGAUGAUGACGAAGUCCUAUGCACUGGUUCAACAGAUCUCAGCACCCAGCGUGUUUGCUUCGGAAAAGUUGAAAACGCAAUGGUCAUGGCCCAUCUAGUUCCCAGACCAGGACACACUGUUUUCAACGACUUCUCACACGCUUGGCCGUCUAUUAAAUUAGACUUGCAACGCCAGCCCGUGAAUGGCAAUUUUCAGAUCGACGUGGCUGACCCUCACGGCAAAGUCUUCGGUACAAUUGACCCUAAAACGGCACAAGGACUGUCUCCACUCAUGGACUCUGAAAUACCUAUCGAUGUAACAGCCUUAUUGGAUUUCCGGAGAACGUCGCCAAAUGAAGAAAUUUGGGCUCCUACCUCGGCGAUAUGGCGUGCAAGCCUCAAUAUAUACGGCGAACGAAAGCAGGCAGAGGCUGUUGGCAAAUUUCUCUCUCACCGCAAUAUCUGGUUAGGGACUCCAAAUUCCGUGGACAAAGGAACUACUGUGUUCAAUCCACACGCAGAGCUCCGGCGCCAGCUUGCCGCCGCCAACGCCGCCGCCAACGCUGGGCGUUCUCGUCCAGGUUCAACUAUCAGAUAUGAAGCGCGAACUGCUGAAGAGGCCAACGAUGCAGUCAUGAAGAUGUUCGAUCAACUCGCCAACGCGAACAUUCCGACAAUGGAGCCGUCUUCUCAUAUCAUGACACCAAUGCUCCAUCACCAAAAGCAAGCCCUGUGGUUUAUGACGGAGAAAGAAAAACCACGCAAAUUUGGCCAGAAGGAAGAAGACAACAAUUCCUUGUGGCGAAUGGAACGUACACCUAGUGGGAAGACACAGUACCGCGAGAUCAUCACUGGGAUGAUUUCAGAGCAAAAACCCGAGGAGUCGCUAGGCGGUUUGUUGGCUGACAUGAUGGGCCUGGGUAAGACUCUGAGUGUUCUUUCAUUAAUCACAUCAUCCCUUGGGUUAGCUGAUGACUGGACUGAGAUGGCUCCUGAUCCCGCCCUUGUUCGCCGAGUUCCAGGAAUUCGCAACACACGGACAACACUACUAGUUGUCCCGUUGAGUGCAGUGAGCAACUGGGUUACCCAAAUCAAGGACCAUCUCAAGCCACGCUCCAUCAGCUAUUAUGUCUUUCACGGUCCAUCGCGUACCAGUGAUUUCAAUGAACUUGCCGAGUUCGAUAUCGUUAUCACGACUUACAGUACCAUUCUUAGUGAGAUCUCGGGGCGUGGCGCCAAGAGUGGAAAACUCAGCCCUUUGAUAAAAAUGAACAUGUUCCGGAUUGUUCUUGACGAAGCUCACAUCAUCAGAGAACAAAAUGCGGCACAGACCAAGGCGAUUCUCGGGCUCCACUCCGAGCGUCGGUGGUCGGUUACUGGAACACCAAUUCAGAAUCGCAUGGAAGAUCUCCUGUCUGUGACCAAGUUUUUACGGAUCGCGCCUUACGAUCAACGAAGCCAAUUCUCCCAGCAUGUAUCUAGCCCGGUCAAAAAUGGCGACCCCAAUGUACUUGCCAGGUUGCGAGUUCUGGUUGAUUCAUUUACCUUGCGCAGAGUCAAGGACAAAAUCAAUCUGCCACCCAGGGAAGACCAUAUCGUCACACUAGAAUUCACUGAGAAAGAACAGCAGUUGCAUGACUUCUUCAAAGCGGAAUCAAAUGUGAUGAUGAGUGUCAUUGCUGGUGAGGACAGACGCAAGAUGGGUGGUCGUAUGUAUCACCAUGUUCUGAAGGCUAUGAUGAUUCUCCGCCAAGUCAGCGCACACGGGAAAGAGCUUCUUGACAUUACAGACCGAGAGAGAGCCAAGGGGUUAUCUGUGCACGACGCGAUUGACUUGGAGGAAGGCGAACCGGAGAAAAAUCCGGCAGCCAUAGACAAGAAGGCAUAUGAAAUGUUCGAUCUCAUGCAGCAGACCUCAGCCCCCCGGUGUGGCAAUUGCAAUCGAGAACUCGAUGAACCUCUGAAUUCAGUGGGAGCUGUUGACCGUGACUCUCCAAUGGCCAUUGUCCUACCAUGUCUCGAUAUUUUCUGCCCUGGUUGCUUCUCAGGCUGGAAACAUGCAUACGAUUCGUGUCCCGAUGCCCAGAUCCGUUGCCCUAGGUGCGAAGGAUGGAUUGUCUUGAAAUACUCGACCAUCACGCCGGCUGGAUUUGAAGAAUACGAGGCCCAAAAGGAAAGCGAUCGGCAAACCCGGAAGCUGGGCAAGAACUUGGGUGAAUACGAAGGACCCCACACCAAAACCACUGCACUGCUCAACUACCUGAAGGAAAGUGUUGAAGACAGCAAGAAGCUCGAAGGCGAGUCGCCUAUCAAGAGUGUUGUGUUCUCUGCGUGGACCUCGCACCUGGAUCUCAUUGAAAUCGCCUUGAAAAACAAUGGGCUUGAUGGGUAUACUCGACUUGAUGGUACCAUGACCCUUGCAGCGCGCACAAAGGCACUUGAGGAAUUUGCAAAGGAUGACAAUAUCAAAGUUCUUCUCGCAACCAUUGGUGCCGGCGGUGUGGCCCUGAAUCUGACCUCUGCCUCGCGUGUUUUUAUCAUGGAGCCCCAGUACAACCCCGCCGCUGUUGCUCAAGCGAUUGACCGCGUUCAUCGUCUUGGGCAAACUCGACCUGUGCAAACCUAUCAAUUCGUCAUGAAGGGCAGCAUUGAGGAAAAGAUAAUGCAACUCGCCAAGAAGAAGCAAGAGAUGGCCGACACGAGCCUGAAUCGCGUCAAGCAAGACAAGCGAGAGAGCCAGGAGGCUCGCAUGCGUGAAUACCGCAGUCUUUUCAAGUAG